UGCUUUCCCUGAGCUCACUUCGAGCUCACUUCUUCUUUUGCCGUUGAGUCCCCUUUGGACUCUAACACCUGGGCACACUGGACGAGCCGGGUGUCGUCAGAGACGUCACUUUCAUUCACGGGAAUGGUCUCUGCCCACCCCAAUGUUCAAGUGGCCUCUAUCCGCUCGAGGAAUACGUCAUCGACAACCUACCCAGCCUCGACCUGGGUACCAUCCGGGUCGUCCAUUGGCGCCCAGCCCAGAUCGUGCGGUUCCUCGGCACCACGGACAGGAUUGACCAUGGUGGUGGCAUCCGGCUCAUCUACAUGCCGCCCGACGAUGUCACGGACGACGAGAUGCUGGAGAUGAGGAAUGCACCCGACUGCCCUGUCUUUCAUGAGCUCGACAUUCGCAGGUGCACCCGCCUCCAGUCUCUGGCAUGCUUACCGGCUCGCAUGUGCAACCAGACCUUGCAUCUGCCCCCAUCACUCAAACGCCUCGACAUACCGAGGGACACUUACACCCCCACAUGCACUGCAUUUCUUGGUCGCCUGGAGAAGCUCUCGUAUCUCGCCAUACACGACGGGUGUGUCAGCCUCGAUUGGCUCCCGAGCCGGCUCUCGUGCAAGUCCCUCUGGCUCGCCAUCUACAGCGACACCCGCAUCGAGCCACCCAUUGCCCGCCAGAGGCUCGUGAGUCUCGUUGGAAUCGAGAGGAUCGCACCGUGGCUCUCCAAACUCAGUGGUCAUCAGCGACUGGAAACGCUGACUGGCCUACCAGCACGCCCACCACCGAUGCUCCGUGACGUGGAUAUCAGCGACUGUUGGUUUAUUAAGAGUCUCGAGCCAUUGCUCGCGUAUCGAGAUGUACAUGUCACUUAUCCACCCAGCGAGCGUAUGCAGUGCCUGAACAAAGACGAACUCUGUGUCGUCAGGCGAUUGAAUGGGCAGUCCAGCAUCGCACGCAUCGCUGCAGUGCUCGGGAGCCCAACGGACUCGCAGAAGAAAAAGAAGAUCAAGGCCUCUGUCACAUUCAGAUUAUCGAAGAGUCGUAAGCGAGCUUUGCCUUCACCGGUCGAUCCUUCCACGACCAGCCUUGGUAUCGACACUCAGCCGUCUCAGCCAAAGAAGAAGCGCCGUGCUUGGAACAAAAAGCCUCCCCUAGAUCCCAAACAGAAACUAUACAAUGGGCAUCCCAUUGUCGACCCUUUCCCAAGGGAUAUGCUUCCAAUGAACAUCAUGAAAUCACCCACGUGGUUCGAGAAGCCGGUCAUCUACCUCGACAAGUGUGAUCGCUUCAUGCAAUCCACCUGGCUUGGCCGAGUCAGUACAAUCAAGAUUCCUGGGAGAGUCCCACGCUACUUCAUGGAUGCCCGUGAACUUAUCGCAAAAGCAGACGGUUGGAUAUUCACCUCAUACGACGAGCCCGAAGAUCGAUCGGAAAACACCAGAGCCAGACAUUCCAUUCAAACUAAGUGGUCCACAACGCUCAGUUACGUGGCUGCGAUUUACAUUAAUUUUGCAGAUCACAGUCAUCACGACGUCCCCUACGUUAGCGAGGCUGGUAUGUUGGAAAUAAUGCAAAAGGGGUUGGGUACACUUUCGGAGCAGUGGCGAGCUAAAGGUAAUGAUAUUGUGAGGGCGAUUUUUGGCGUCGACAAUGAGGCGAUUGAGAAGACGAAGCGAGAAAUUCAACAGCAUCUUAAAAAUGGCGAUAACGAAAACAGAUAUUUUGUUAUUCAGAGUGGUGUUAAGUUUCAGAAAGCUGAAUAAAUGACACCCUUGGUUGUCUUAGUAGAUGGCUCGCGAAGCAUCUGCGCCCGAGGACACCUUUGCGGGAGACGCUCAGUAUAUCGCCCGUGGUUGUCUUAGUAGAUGGCUCG